UUGUGGGUUGAUUGUGUUGUUUGUACUGUAGAACUAUGAAGUUAUUGCCUUUAAUUUCACAUGGUUACAGUUAAUCUUUUAUUUAAGGCCAGUUCUCUGUAGUUUCAACCUAAUUCAAAAAUAAAAGCUAAAUGCUGAUGUCUGUACCAUCUAUGCUUGUAUUGAAUGUAGGCUACUUACUGUGCAGUUACUGCCGUUAAUUUCAGAUGGUUAUGAUAAUUUUUUUCAAUAGCCAAAAGCCAGUUUGGCCAAUUAAAUAACAAAUGUUUAUGCAAACUUCCCUUCUUUCUUGUUUGUUGCUUAAAAGAUAAAAAAUAAAAAAAAUCUCUAAUCUCUAAACAGUCCCACCCACUACCUCUACAGAUGCACAAAUCACUUUUGAACCAAAUAUCUCAGUGCAAAAGGGAGAGCGUGAAACUUGUCAUUUGAAAGUGAAAAACUGUGUUUGAGAUUCAUCGAAGCAGUGUUCUGACAGUGUCCCGCCUCCUGGGGAGGGUUAGAAAAAUGUUGACUUUUUUCACAAAAGCACCAAAGCCCACCAUGUUUUGACUGUGAACCAGGAGAUGUUAAACUUGCCCAGACACAAGUUAAUUCAUGAUGUCACAACCUUACUGGACAAAGAUCUGAAGCUGUCUGUCAAGAACGUAACCAUGUUGAAUGACAGUGAACAGAAACUUGCAGAAGAACUGAUUCAGGUCCUCACACCACUGAAAACAGUGACAACUCUCAUGAGCAGUGAAACAACCCCCACUAUAUCAAUGAUCCAUCCUCUGAAAGAGAUGAUUCUCAAAUCCAUGUCACCAGGAGACCAGGACAGUGCGACAGUCAAAGAAGCCAAAGCAGCCAUUAUAAAUGACCUGGCAAUGAGGUAUACUGACCCCAAUCUUCAUGAUUACCUCCAAAUUGCCACAGCCCUUGACCCCAGGUUUAAAUCCCUGCCUUACCUUGAUGAAGACUCUCGCGAUAAGCUCUACAGGAAUAUCAUCAAUGAAAUUCUGGAGCAUGAACAGCAGGGUCUAGUGGAGAAUCCUGUGCCCUCCACAGAUGAACACAAUCCAUCCUCUCCCCCUCCCAAGAAGACAGCAAUGUCAGAGGUAUUUGGGGAGCUUUUCAAAACUGAGGAACAGCAGGGUAAGCCAUUUCCCCAGAUCAUUGAGGAGGAAGUCACCACAUACAAGUUAGCAGACAGUAUUCAUGUGGAUGCUGAUCCAUUCAUAUGGUGGAAAACAAAUGAACGCAAGUUCCCCCAUGUAGCAAAAGCUGCACAAAAACACCUCUGUGUCCCAGGAACCUCUGUUGCGAGUGAGAGAAUUUUCUCCACUGCCGGGGACAUUGUAAGUGCAAAACGCUCUCGCCUUGCUGCAGAGAAUGUUGACAGGCUUAUCUUUUUACAGAAGAACCUCAAAAUCCAAGAAUAGAUAGCUGACCUAAGUCAAAUUGCACUUUACAUUCUGAAUGAAGGAUACUGUACUGGAGUACUGUUAAGGUUAAUUAAGAUGAUUUAUGUUUACUGAAGUACAAGUAUGUUUCUUUGAAA